CCCCGCCAUGGUCCAGCAAGCGGAGAGCGCCGAAGCGGAGGGCAACCUGCCCCGGGAGGCGAUGGAGACGGAGGAAGGGGACUUCCUGGCCUGCAGCCCCGUGGCGCUGGACGAGAGCGACCCGGACUGGUGCAAGACGGCCUCGGGCCACAUCAAGCGGCCCAUGAACGCCUUCAUGGUGUGGUCCAAGAUCGAGCGGCGCAAGAUCAUGGAGCAGUCGCCGGACAUGCACAACGCCGAGAUCUCCAAGCGGCUGGGCAAGCGCUGGAAAAUGCUCAAGGACAGCGAGAAGAUCCCCUUCAUCCGCGAGGCCGAGCGCCUCCGCCUCAAGCACAUGGCCGACUACCCGGACUACAAGUACCGGCCGAGGAAAAAGCCCAAGAUCGACCCUUCCUCGGCCAAGCCCAGCCCGGAGAAGAGCAGCAGCGGGAGCAGCAACGCAGGCAGCAACGCGGGCAGCAAGGCCGCCAAGAGCAACGCCAAGAAGUGCAGCAAAGGGAAAACCUCCUCCUCCUCCUCGUCCUCCUCUUCUCCUCCUCCUAAAGCCGGGACGAAGCUGGCUCCUCACCCUGGAGGCGACUACGGGAGCGAGGACUACUUCGGGGCGCUCAAGGCGGGCGGCAAGGCGGUCAAGUGCGUCUUCAUGGACGAGGAGGACGACGACGAGGAGGAGGAGGACGACCUGCAGCUGCGGAUCAAGCAGGAGGAGGACGAGGAGGAGGAGGACGAGGAGCCGCUCCACCACCACCACCACCACAGCCAGCAGCAGCUGAGGCGCUACAACGUGGCCAAAGUGCCGGCCAGCCCGACCCUGAGCUCCUCGGCGGAGUCCACCGAAGGCGCCAGCUUGUACGAAGAGGUGCACAAGGGAGGCGUGGUGGCGGCGGGGGCGGCGGCGCACGGAGGAGCCCACGCCAGCCGGCUCUACUACGGCUUCAAGAGCAUGCCCAAGAGCACCCCGCAGCCGCCCAGCCUCUCCCCAGCCUCCUCCCGGUCCGUCUCCACCUCUUCUUCCUCCAGCGAGGAGGCCGACGACCUGCUCUUCGACCUGAGCUUGAAUUUCUCCCAGCACGCCCAGGCCGCCUCGGAGCUGGGGGUGGGCUCGGCCGCGGGGAACCUGUCCCUCUCCCUGGUGGAUAAGGACCUGGAUUCCUUCAGCGAGGGCAGCCUGGGCUCCCACUUCGAGUUCCCCGAUUACUGCACCCCCGAGUUGAGCGAGAUGAUCGCCGGAGACUGGCUGGAGGCCAACUUUUCCGACCUGGUCUUCACUUACUGAGCAUUGGCAAAGGAGCAGGAGAUGGAGAAGAAGAGAGGGGCGUGACAAGAGAAAGAGAGAGAGAAAGGAGGAAAAGAAAGGACGUGGAGAAAAAAAAGAGAAAAAAUAGUCAAGGAAAAACGAUGCUUAUCAAAGAAUAACGGUGGAGUUGUUGAAGUGAAGUCAUGAUCAAAAAUGUAUUGGGCUUUCUUAUUAUUAUUUUUUUCCUCUGCCUCGCAGUUAGUUCCCAACCGAGUCCGGAGUUGUGAUAUUUUUUAUAUAUAUAUUACUUCUUUUUUUUUCCUUUCCCCCUUUUUUUCUCUUCUGAUUUUGUAAUUUUUUUCCCUUUUCGAAUUGGAGAUCACAACAGGAGGAAAACAAACAAACAAACAAAAAGGCAAAUGGGACUGGGGGCUUCAAAAAGAGAUACAAGAAGGCGCUUGUUUGGUGAAGCUUUUGGGUCUUGUGAUCGAAGUCUGGAAGAAGAUGGUCUGCAGGAAGGAGAAGGAGAAGGAGAAGUCUUUUGGCAGCACAACUGUUACUCAAGGGGGUUUGUGGAUUUUUCUCUCUUUAUGUUCAUCUUUUCUCCUGCAAAAAAGGUUUUUUUUAAUGGACCGUUCUUUCUAGGAGUUUUUUUUUGUCUAACUAAAAGGGACCAUUGCAACUGUUUAAUAUUUUUUUUGUCUGUUUGGAGGGAGAAAACUGAUGUCUUCUAUGCAUCCGAUUCUUAACAAAGCUGCAGGGAGCUUGACAAGAAAAAUGAAAUAAAAUAAAAAAUGCAGACUGUGCAAACGCUUACAAAAACAAAACUGUGAACUGACAAGAUCAGAGUUUACUUUUCAGAUCAAAUUGUUUAUGGUUUGACAAAUGUGAUUUCUACUUGCCAACUCUUUAUUUUUUUUGGUAACUUGUUCCCUUAUACCUCCUUGAUUGAAUACCAGACAGCCUAGACCUCAGUACACAAAGGUAUUGAAACAUUUUUGAUACAUAACAGACCUCAGUCUUUUUUAAAAAUUAAUAUAUUUUCAGGCGUAUUUUUGUACAGUGAAAGGGAACAUUCUUGCUGUGUUUUUUCAGUAAGACUUUUCAGGCACUUCUUCCCUUUUAUUUUUUAUUUUUUAUUUUUUUGUAUUAUUAUUUUUUUAUUUUCUCCUCUUUGUUUUUAGCAUGCAAGUUAUAUGGGUACGUUUAUGUCCUGGUUUUCAAAGGAUUUAAGAAAAAAAAAAGAAUCCUUGCAUCUAAAGGCCUUGUGGUUUAAAAAAAAGAGAAAAAAGAAACAAAACACUUUUUCUUUUGUACAGUUCUAGUUCAGAUUUGUUCAAUAUUUGUAGGUAAAGAUUUAUUGAAAAUGGUGAUAUAGACCUCAGAGCUGUUA